AUUGACAUAAACUCCAUUGAGAUUCUUGAACAGUUAGGAAAAGGACAAUACGGAAUAGUAAAUAGGGGCAUGUACUUGGGAAAAAUCGAAGUCGCCAUUAAAACGAUGACCAUUGGUGCUCUAGAAGAUGACUUCAUAGAGGAAGCAUUCACUAUGACUAAUCUCCAGCAUGACAAUCUUGUCAAGUUGUACGGUGUGUGUACGAAGACCUCUCCAAUCAGAAUUGUAACCGAAUAUCUCAAAAAUGGAUCGCUACUUCUCUAUCUACAGAAGCACAAACAGCGCUUCAUAUUUAACGUCGAUUCUCUCGUUGAAAUGUGCAUUGAAGUGGCCAGAGGAAUGACCUACUUAGAGCAAAAUAAGAUCAUUCAUAGAGAUCUGGCGGCCAGGAAUUGUUUGGUUGAUGAGAAGGGGCUGGUCAAGGUCGGAGAUUUCGGACUUGCAAGGUAUGUACUUGACAACGAGUACAUAAGUUCGAAGGGCACAAAAUUCCCCGUUCGGUGGGCAAGCCCUGAAAUAAUUAUGCACAGCAUGUUCAGCAGCAAAUCAGAUGUCUGGGCCUACGGGGUAUUAGUCUGGGAGAUUUUCACCUGCGGUCAGCUGCCGUACGGGCCGAGAAAAAACGUUGACAUAGCGAAUGAAAUAUCGAAGGGGUCGCUGAAUCUCGAGAGGCCCCCUCUCAGCUGCGAGGUCACCUACAAUAUCAUGAAGUCCUGCUGGAAGAUGGUGAGUGGCAGGUGGGGAGAGGAUGGAAAGAUAUAA